AUGAAGACGCUCUAUCUCAUCCUGGCAUCGCUUCGGUUGUCCCUGGCUGCGCCGGCCGCGCUAGGGGAAGAUGACCUGGCAUGCGCGUGCCCUAUGCCCUUAUGUCCACCCGGGCAACCAGAACGCUGCAAAUGCCAGAAUGCUGCGAUUGCGUCCUGCUGGGCAGAUCAGAUUCAGCAGGGUAAGGCCCUGGUUUGUCCAGCGCCUGCUCUAAGGGACUGCGACUCAGCCUCUGGUCUUGCAUCCGUCUCUACCAGCACCCUACCGACUUCAGCUGGGAAGCCGACAUCCGCGUUUCCCACUGCACUACCAGCAGAACCAUCAGCAAGUUGUACAUGCGAACCAACUUUCUGUGCACAAAUCUGGCCUCAGUCAUGCCGCUGCGCCAACUCCGGAAAGGUCCUGUGCCACCAGCGCUGCGGCGGCGUUGCACCGAGACUUCAGAACUGUGGCGACUCUCCGGAGGAAAGUGCUUCGUUGUACGGCACGCUUCACACCCCAAGGCCAACGGAACCGUUCCUGCCAACAGAGCCUGGGCCGGUCAUUGUGUCUCUGCCAGCUGUUAAUUCAACCUCGGUGUCUAACCUGGAAGACUUCCCCCAAAUUACCGAUGUUCCCACACCGCUUCCAUCCGAUCUGGAACAGUUCCCUCGUUUCAACGAUCGCCGUGAGGAGUUUGAUGCACCAACAUCAGUGUCCGACGUUGACGACUUUCCACAAAUGACUCCCAUAGGCGUUCCUCCGGACACUUCCGUGCCGCAGUGCAAUUGCGCUCCCGUAUUCUGUGCUCAGAGUUGGCCUCUUAGCUGCCAAUGCAGUAAUCAAGCAGCCAGUGACUGUGCACUGACCUGUGGCCGACCUUUGCCAACCUUUUUGGAUUGCGACGGAACUGAUCCGGAAGACCUCGAUGCGCAACUCCCUGAUCUGUUCGAUAUGGUCCCGGAACCAAGCGACAUCCCAGUCAUCUUCACCAACCUCAUCUCAGAUCUCCCAGAUCCUCAGGAGCUUCCAGCAUACCUAGAGAAUCUACCCGACUAUGUCAAUGACCUCAUCGACGACGAGCCCUGGUCUGAGACCCACACCUGGUUUUCCUUCUACGCCCCCGCGACGUCGCUGGUCGGCGACCUCCUUUCGGGCGUGCUACCGACAUCCACAGAUGGUAUUCCAGAAUCGGCAUCCUUGCCAGGAUUUACCGAGGUGUCGGCGACUUUCUCCAGCGAAGAAAUAGCAGGAGCCGAACCGAGCAUCACAGAGCCCGCCACUGCGAAUUACCAUGUCUGUGGCCAUCGCGGUGCCCAGUCAUGCCCGACCGGCUACGAUUGCCUUCAGCGGCCCAAUGCCCACUGUGGCCCAGAUUCCGACUGCGGCGGGUAUUGCGUUGACGUGCUCAACAGCGUCACUCUCCUGGCCGACACAACGACCCAGACUUCGCCGAGUACCCCCAGCAACACCCUCACGCUUGACUUCAGCAGCAGCCUCCGUACCUCCACGACGAGAGGUCUCAACAGGCACCCCCCUCGCCAGGUGAACGUCAAUACAGCGCUCAUUCCGGGAGUGAUAGCCACAUCACCGGUCCAACCGACAAGCACAUCCUUGAGCGUGUUCCCGCAGAUCCGUUGCGGCGACGGCUACCCGGCGUGCGACCCAGGUCUCGAGUGCGUCGACAUACUCAUCAGUGGCAUCGGCUUCGCCGAGAAGCGCAGCUACUGCGCCGCCGUAGCCGACGCUUCGGGGUCGUCGUCGUUGUCUUCUUCUCCAUCACUCGCCCUCGACCUAUUCGCCACAUCCAUCUCUUCUCUCAACCUCGACAACAUCAUACCCACCACCACCGCCACCCCCUCGUCGUCGUCUUCCCCCACCCACCCAUACUGGCCCGACCCCGCCUGGUCCGGCCCAAUCACGACCCUCAGGCCAAUGUUCGGCCCCGGCCCCGUCGGCCUCUCCCUCCUCCCCAACUUCCGCCCAUCCUCCACCCCCGCCGCCAUCCAAGCCCUCAAGGAGCAACAAGAACAAGAACGCCAGCAGCGACAACAACAAGAACAACAACAAGAAGAAGAAGAAGAAGAAGAACAAGCCCAAGCCCAAACCCAACAACCCACCUUCCCCACCGCCCUCACCAUCGGCCCCCUCCCGCGCCAAAUCAUCGGCCCCAUCGUCCCCCCACCCGCCGGCCCGCACCCCGUUGGCCCCUCGCCCUCCUCGUCCCCUUCCUCCUCUUCGCCCUCUUCACCCUCCUCCGCCCCCCCUCCCCCCAGCGAACCGCAAACCAUGCGCUGCGGCGGCCCGGACCCGGCCGCCGACCCGGACUCGUCGCCCUGCCCCUCGGGCUUCACCUGCGUGCGCGACCUGUCGCCCGACGCCGAGCGCCCCAACGGCGGCUGCGGCCCGGCCUGCGGCGAGUACGGCGUGUGCAUCGUGCCGCAGGGGUGCGGCGGGUUCGCGGCGACGCCGUGCGCCGAGGAGGGCAGGGAGUGCGUCGACGAUCCGAGUGACGGGUGCGAUCCGAGUGAUGGGGGCGCGGAUUGCAUGGGUGUGUGUGUGUGA